AUGAUCUUUGCCAUCGAGGAGAUUAACAACAGCCCGGAGCUGCUGCCGGGAAUCACGCUCGGUUAUCAGAUCUACGACUCGUGCGCUUCAGUGCCCGGGACGAUUAAGGUGGCAUUUCAGCUCACAAACGGCCUGGAUGUCGUGUUUCACCCCUCUGAUAACUGCUCCCAGUCUGGCAUGGUUUUGGCCAUCAUUGGCGAUUCUGGAUCCACUCUGUCCAUCAGCAUAUCGCGCCUCGUUGGGCCCUUUAACAUUCCUCAGGUGAGCUACUAUUCCACUUGUGAAUGUCUGUCCGAUAAGCAGCAGUACCCGAGUUUCUUCAGAACCAUCCCCAGUGACCGGUUCCAAGCUGACGCGCUCGCCAAGCUUGUGAAGCACUUCGGCUGGACUUGGAUCGGUGCUGUUCGGUCCGAUUCGGACUAUGGAAACAAUGGAAUGGCAUCUUUUCUGGAUGCAGCGCGCAAAGAGGGCAUCUGUGUGGAAUACUCUGAAUCUUUCUACCGGGCCCACCCACGGAGCAGGGUCCGGAGAGUAGCUGAUGUGAUCCGCAGGUUUCUACAUUACAUCAACAAACUUGAUACGAAUUGAAGAGGUUAUUUGCAAAAACAGAUAACUCCGUUUUGAUAAAUUU